UCGGCUUCUUGAACUGUGUCAACAAAUGAAGCAAGGUGAUUGGUGCAAAGAUUUGCUGAGUUACUUUUUCAAGUAGCUUUUCUGGGUUACCGUAGCAUUAUUGCUCUAGAACAACACGCUUCGGGCGUCCUCCGGCACGCCAAUUAACGGCUCCCCACUUCCUACCCGCCCCCCUGGCACGCCCACUUCUUCCAACCAACCUCCUUUUCUCCUCUUCCCUACCCCCACGUCCUCUUCUCACCAAAAACCCUCCUAAAAAUCCUCUCUUUCUCUCGUUUUCUCUCUCUGAGGCAAUGGAAGCGUGCUCGGAGAAAUGGGAAAUGGCCGCCUUGGCGAGCCCGAGAAUCUCCUUCUCCCACGACCUCUCCCCCUCCUCCACCGCCGAAGCCCGCCGUCUGGACGCCUCCCUCUCCUUGGACUCCACCGCCGACGACUUCGACUUCAACUUGAGCGUCCACAUCCCCACCGACGACCGCUCCCUCGCCGACGAGCUCUUCUCCGAUGGAAAACUCCUCCCCCUCCCCAUCAAGAACCCCUCCACCCCAUCCAAUCCCCCAGCGCUCCCCCCACCGCCCACAAUCCCGUAUCCGAAGAAGUCCGGCAGCCUCCGCGAGAUCAUGGCCAGCUCCGAAGAUGACAGCAGCGUCAGAAGAUCUCCCUCUUCUUCCCAGAAAUCCUUCUGGCGGUUCCGCAGGAGCAGCAGUCUGACUUGCAGCGGAGGCAGCAGCCGACCAGGACUCCUCUGUCCCUUCGCAUUACUCCGCAGCAAAUCCACCGGCUCGUCGCCAACUCCGAACCCACCAAGGCCCGACAAACAGUACAAAAAGACCAACCACACUGGCGGCGGCGGCGGCGGCAUCAAUUCAUCGUCGUCAUUCCUCCGCAGCUUCUCGACUGAUUCCAGCUCGAGAAUUUAUUACUACUCGAGUGCGCGACGAUCGUGCAGCCACGGGGUCAGAAUUAGUCCGAUUCUGAACGUGCCGGCGGCCAGCGGUGCGUCGUUUUGCCAUCUGUUCUGCAGCUGUGGGGGUAAGAGCAUGCGAAGGGGAUCAGCAGUUACUUGUUCUCCGUAAAGCAUGGGAAGAAGUGGAUUGUUUCGAAAUUAUUACGAGGGAGGGGCCUUGUUCGUUUGCAAUGAUAGGAUAUACUCUCUCUUUUGCCUUGUUUUUUCCUCUAGCUUUUGACUUACUCUGCUCUCUUGUUUGAAGUGUAGUGGAAGUUGUGGGCUUGUAGGGAGGGAGUGUGAUGGAAGGAAUUGUGGGUAGGAUGGAUCAUGAAGGGUGUUGAGGGAUUGGGGGACAGCGAGAUCCCCCUGCUUUCAUGCUUGCUUGCUUCCUUGGGAUUUCCUCUCUCUCUCUGCUCAUUGUUACUCACUGCUGCUUUCUUCUAUCUUUUCCUAUGUAUUUUUUUUCACCCCCACUUCUGUCGUUUUUGCGGGCUAUGGGAUUGCUUUCUUUGUUGUGCAGUUGGGGGGUCCAUGUUCUACGUUUGUGGUGGCUUGUUUUUAAAGGUUUUGGCCUCUGUGAUGCUUUUGACUUUGAGUUGCAUCGUAUGUUAUAACUCUUCUGUCCUACUUUUCUUGCUCCUCUAAACUUCGGUGGGUUUAAGAAGGGAAAAGUCUUACUGACUUCUGUCUUCCUCUCAGACCAUACAUGGAGAGAAGUUGCUUUGUUUUGUAUGUUUUGUAAUUGACUCGCCAUUAAUUAUGAUCAAUAAAGCAUAUUGGGAGCGUAUUAUGGUA